AUGGUUGUAAAAAGAAUCGAAGUGGCAGGAACCGCUGAUCCCACGAUUUUGGGGGAGCCAUUGAAGUUCAAGACGUCUGGCCGCGUGGCCAAGAAUCGUUUUUUGAAGGUGAGUGGAAAUUUUUUAGUUUUCCUAAAAUUUAACGGCAAGUUGGUGAUAAAAUUAUUUUCAGGCCGCUCUUUCCGAGUACACCGCAACUUUCGAUAACAAAGAUUUCACCAAAACUGGCCAAAUCACCCCAACUCUUCAUAACUUAUACGAAAAAUGGGGGCAAGGGGGAUUUGGGGUCGUCUUGACUGGAAAUCUUCAAAUUGAUCCGAAGCAUCUCGAAGCCGCUGGAAAUCAUAUUAUCAGCAAGGAGAACUGGACCGCCAAGAAAGCUGAGGACCUCAAGUAAGUUGCUUUUUGAGCCAAUAUUUUAAUUUCUUUUAUUGAAUUUGCAUAUUUCAAUUUUCAGGAAAUUCGCGGCUGCCAUUAAAGCUGACGGAGCUUUGGCGUUAGCUCAAGUUGGCCACGCCGGUCGUCAAACUCCUGAGCACAUCAACCCUCAUCCCUUGGCUCCGUCAGCCGUCCCACUUAUCAGCAACACCUUCGGCAACACUUUUGGGACUCCCGUCGCCCUGACCUUGGAGCAGAUUCAGACCGAGGUCAUCGAUCGUAUCGUUUUCCAAUGUGAGAAGCUGAAAGAAGCCGGAUUCGAUGGGGUUGAACUUCAUGGAGCUCAUGGCUACCUUCUGGCUGAAUUCAUCUCUCCAACAACUAACAAGAGGACGGAUAAGUAUGGAGGAAGUGCGGAGAAAAGGGCCCAGAUCUUGGUCGAUGUGUAUAAUGGAAUUCGGUAGGUACAUCUUCUUUCAAUAAUGUAAUUGCCAUCCAUUUUAAGCUCCAAGAUCCCUGCAUCUACUGGAUUUGUCAUCGGAAUCAAACUGAAUUCCGUGGAGUUCCAAAACCAUGGUCUUGGAUUGGAAGAUGCCAUUACGACUGCCAAAAUUGUUGAUGUAAGUUAUCGUCCCUCCAUUUCAACUCCUCUCUUUAGCAAACCGGCUAUGACUUUAUUGAAUUCUCCGGAGGCACCUAUGAAAAAUUCGGAUUCGAAGCCAAAGAAUCGACCAAGAAAAGAGAAGCCUUCUUCAUCCAAUUCACCGAGGCCAUCAAACCGCAUGUAAAGAAUGCCGUCGUCUACUUGACUGGUGGAUUUAGAACAGUUCCAGCAAUGGUUUCGGCCGUUAAGGACGGGGCCACGGACGGAAUUGGCCUUGGCCGACCAAUCUGCGCCGAGCCGGAUCUCCCAAAGAAGAUCUUGAGCGGACAAGUGCAAUCAGCCAUCUACAACCCCGUGGAGAAUGAUUUCGAAAAGGCCUUUGCCGUCGCAAGCACUCAAAUGGGCCAAGCCGGCGCUCGUCCCUAUUCGGAAUGCGCUGGCGAUCCAUCUUAUGGCAUCAUGGAUGAAAGCGACGAGAGAGAAUUUGCUGCAUUCUUCGAGGAGUUCAAGACAUAUCUUGAUGAUAAAAUCGCCAGAGCGCAGAAAGGAGAAAUCCCAGUUGGAGUGUGUUCGUAUCAACCAAAGUAUCUGAAGACUGUAUCAUAG